UGGAUGCGCCCAUAGGCGGUCAUACACGAGAAAUAGGCAUUAGGUCUAUCGAAGGUAGUUCAUAGCAAAGCAUGAUGAAUUAAUACACACUAUACCAUACCUGCAUGAAUAAACUUCACUGCGUUGCAUCAGACGACAAGAUAGCAUUACUCUUAUAAUAGAACUCAAACAACACCCAACAUCAUGACCUGGUGUAUCCUGAGGGCACUCCGGGUUUCCCAGAGGAGGAUCAAGUGGCAUCAAAUGAGACAUGUUUUCAAUGAAACAGGACAACUGGAAAGAGAAUUUGACAGAGACGUUUCAAGGAAGCUGGAAGAUUAUUGGAAGCCACGGUUAAAAGAGCAGCAUGCAAAGAGGUGUAUUACUCCAGCGACAGACAAGGAGAAGUACUAUGUACUGUCCAUGUUCCCAUACCCGAGUGGUCAGCUACACAUGGGCCACGUCCGUGUUUACACUAUAAGUGAUGUCAUGGCACGCUUUCAUAGACUCCGUGGAAAACAGGUGAUUCACCCGAUGGGAUGGGAUGCCUUUGGACUUCCUGCUGAAAACGCUGCAAUAGAAAGGGGGUUAGAUCCAAAGCUCUGGACAACAACGAACAUUGCCAGCAUGAAACAACAACUGGAUGAUCUGUUCUGUAGCUUUGACUGGGAGUCGGAGUUUGCUACUUGUCACCCUAGCUACUACAAGUGGACCCAGUUCAUUUUCCUGAAAAUGUAUGAAGCUGGCCUGGUCUAUCAGAAAGAGGGGCAGGUUAAUUGGGAUCCUGUGGACAAGACUGUUUUGGCGGAUGAACAGAUUGAUGAAGCUGGUCGGUCGUGGAGAUCAGGAGCAAUAGCAGAAAAGCGAUUCCUCCGACAGUGGUACAUACAAACCACUGCUUACACAAAGGACCUGAUUGAGGGUCUAGAUGAGGUGGACACUUCCCUUUGGAAGGACAUUGUACGCAUACAGAAGGACUGGCUUGGAAAAUGUGAAGGCUGUAGACUCAACUUUGAUAUCAGAAAAGGGGAAGAGAAACUUGAUGAACCCUUAAUAGUAUUCACACAUAAUCCUGAACUUGUGUAUGGAAUUUCCCACAUAACUCUGUCUCCCUCCCACAGACUCAACACACCAGAGAACUACAGGAAUCCACAGGAUGGUGAGAAGAAAAGAUUUGUUCUGAACCUGCAAGCAAUCAAUCCGUUCAGUGGGAAGACAAUCCCUAUAGUGGUGUCUCGUACGGCGAGAUUUGAUGAAUACAGUGAUGCACAUUUAGCAAUACCAGAUAUCUCAGAACCUGACGGCCUUGUAGCCGCAGAACUGGACAUACCUGUACCCAGUGUACUGACCAGUGAUGGUCAGCAGGAGACACUGGUCAACUCGGCUCAGUUUUCAGGGUUGAACCGAAGUGACGCUUUGGAGGAAAUUACGGCUCAUGCCAGGAAAAAGCGCUUUGGAGGUCACAUGUGCAGUUCCAAGCUGAAUGAUUGGUUGAUAUCGAGACAGCGUUACUGGGGGACUCCCAUUCCUUUGAUCAAAUGUCCCAAGUGUAAGAAUGUGCCUGUUCCAAUAGAAGACCUGCCAGUGGAGUUACCUACCCUUCCUGGUACCACAGAGAAGGGGACUUCACCCUUAGCUCAGGUGUCGGACUGGUAUAACAUCAAAUGCCCAAAAUGUGGAGGGCCUGCAACACGGGAGACGGAUACCAUGGAUACCUUUUUGGAUUCUUCCUGGUACUUCUUCCGCUAUCUUGACCCUCAAAAUGAUGCUGCACCAUUCAGCAAAGACAAGGCUGACCACUUCAUGCCUGUCGACCUCUACAUUGGUGGCAAGGAACAUGCUGUACUGCAUCUUUUCUUCGCCCGCUUCUUCAGCCAUUUUCUACACAAUUCUGGACAUGUAUCGACAAGAGAGCCGUUCAUCAACCUGCUGACCCAGGGGAUGGUUCUGGGUGAGAGUUACAGUGUGGACGGCCGGUAUAUCUCAAAGUCCAAUGUAGACUUUACUGGUAGUGUAUUGUGUGCCUGGUGUAUUGUGGGCCUGGGUGAGAGUUACAGUGUGGACGGCCGGUAUAUCUCAAAGUCCCAUGUAGACUUUACUGGGCCAGCUCCAGUUGAGAAGAGUACGGGACAAAAGGUGCUUGUACAGUGGGAAAAAAUGAGUAAAUCCAAGUACAAUGGAGUAGAUCCACAGGAGAUCAUUAAGGAGUAUGGAGUGGACGCAACUCGUUUGUGUAUACUGUCUAAUGUGGCCCCAAAGUCUGACCGCAAGUGGACAUAUGAAGUGUUUAAGGGUGUGAUGGCCUGGCAGAGGCGUGUAUGGGAUACAGUCAACAGUUUUAUACAGGGCAGGUCUCAGAACAUUCCUCUCCAGUGUGACCCACAAAAGUUCAAGGAAUACGAAGACACUAUUUACAACUUCCAUAAUGAGUGCCUUGUCAGGAUAACAGAGCAACUGAGUCAGCAGUUUAUGAUCAAUGCAGCCAUAUCAAGGUUACACCGUCAUGUGAAGAAUUUUAAGAAGGUACCAGUAGAUGUACUGGCGCAUAGCCCACAGGCAGAACUAGCCCUGGCAGAUCUGAUCAUCAUGUUAUCACCAAUGGCACCAGCUUUCGCCUCAGAGCUCUGGACUGCAAUGAAAUCCCAGGCGUCAGGACGGACCCACCAUAAAUGGGAUCUUGGCGUUCUUGACCAGUCUUGGCCACUUGCUGAUCUAGAUUUUCCGCUGUCCCUGGAUUGUUGUAUAAACGAGGAUGUUAAAUUUCACCUGAAAAUACCAAGGAAAGAAUUAGAGCAGCUCUCUGAAGCCGAUGCUAUAGCCACAAUAACUAGCAGCAAACAGUUCCAAUCCUUCCUUGACAGGGCACCCGAGCCCACUGGUUUUACCAUUGACCGCGGAUGUAAUGGUGUUGUAACAUUUUCUUCUACUACUGUGCAAAGGAAUAAAAGUAAAACCUUUACAAAGAAGAAAAAGAAAUUAAGAAAAGAAAAAGAUUCAACCAUUGAACAGUGAAAUUGAAUAUAUGGAUAUGUGUCGUUUUUGUUUCAAUAAAAAUGUAACUGAAGUAUUGAACUUGUCUGAAAAAAACUUGUUUCUUAUUAAAUUUGUCUCCUUUGUUUGGCAGAGAACUUAUGAUAUUAUCACCUAUUCAAUUAAAUAUUGGCCAAUUAAGUGGUAGAAAAGUCCAUUAAUGGAAAGUACUGGUAAGAUGAAGAGACACUACAAUACCGGCUUUCAUUUAAAUUUUACCUGUAUAUUCCUUUAAUCUCAAAAGCCUCCACCAUCAAAACUUGGCACAUCCUUGAAUGACCAUAUAGCUGUUAAUACGACAUAAAACACAAACAAACCAAUUAAUCUCAAAGCAAACAAUAAGGAAAUGAAUAAAACAUAUUCAUUUUUUGGUCUUGACAAAUAUGUUAUGGAAAUAUCACAAAUUUUAUGAAAUUUUCCUUAGUUUCAACACCAGAUUUUGUAAUUUAGACACAAAGAAAAAUAUCGUUACUGCAUGAUAGAUUUGUUUUGUAAAUAUUCAGUCAGGCCAAACAAACAAUAUUUGGUGUUUCCAUUAAUCCUACCUACCCUUGUUUUUUUGUGCCUUCUCUAAACUUUGUAAGGCAAUUUCAAGGAAGCACUGUUAAAGUCAGGAUCACUCUCCUGCAUAAACCAUAUAAAACUGUUUGUUAAAAUAAAAUGUGUUACCUACCUACCUACACUAAAUUUUUCGUACAUGUUACCGGAAACAUAUUUUUUGUCUGGCCUUAUGUACAUUUAUACGACUCUAGGUACCAUACUAGUGGACUUAUCAAGACCUGUUAUGUUCCAUGUUACACGCUUAAUAUUAUCUAAGGAAACCAUUUGCAGAAAUGUAAUAUCCUCAGUGUAUUUGUUUUUAAAAUGUAAAACAAUAUACUCAUAUGGGUACACUAACCUGAAAUAUUCUAUUCCACAUAAUCGGUUUCUCAAUUUAUACUUUCUUACUUCUUUCUCAUUUCGUUUAGCUGUCUGUGUCAGCUAAGAAACUCCAAAUAACACCUGAAAAACAGUAUUCUUUCUCAACUGUUAAAAAAAAGGGAUGUUUUCACAUUUUAUUUAAAUUCAGGAGUUGAUUGGGUUUUCUUAUAAGAACUAAGAUGGUGCCAGACUAUUGACUUAAACAAACAAAACAGCAAAUUAUGAGUUUCAUUCAUGUUUAAUUUAACAACUUUAAACAAAAUGCAAAUAUCGUACAACAAAAACUACCUGGAAAAGAGUGAAAAAAGAUGGAUGGCUUGUAAAGAAAUCAAAACAUGAAAACUGUAAUAGAUUAGCCCAAAGAUCACUUAGCAGUGGCGGAUCCAGAGGGGUUCUUGGGAUUCAA